AUGUACAGAGGGGAUAGAAAUGGCGAUGCUCCUCUUCAUAUCGCUGGAGCGCGGGGGGACGUAGACCUGGUACGCUUGCUACUGUCAAACGGGGCUGACCCCAAUCUGCCAGACAGGAAACAACGCACCCCUCUCCACGUCGCAGCCAGGUAUGGCCACGCGGAAACGGCGGGCGCUUUGCUUUCGGGAGGGGCGUGGGUGAGCCCCUUUCUCGACUCGGAGAGCUGCUCUCCGCUAGAGCUAGCCGUUCGCCACGGGCAUGUGGAUGUCGUAGGGGUCCUUGCCAAGCAUGGAGCGGACAUGGAUGGCGCAGCUUCUACUGGCGUGACACUUUUGCACCUUGCUUCCAGUGAAGACAUGGUGGACCUACUGCAAUGCCUCGUUGCCGCGGGGGCUAGCCUGGAAUCACGGGACAUGGACGGAUCGACCGCCCUCCACAUCGCCGCCGAAAAAGGCGCGGCGGCCGCAGUUAAGGUCCUAUUAGCACUCGGAGCUUGUCCCUGCGUAUUCAACGGCGACGGUCUUUCUCCCCUCGGUUUAGCUUGCAAAGGUGGCCACCUGCAAGCCGUCCUCGCGAUUCUGGCGGCGAACCAUCGCAACCCCAGAAUCGAAAACGACGUCGUUAACCUUCGCUGCGGAAGGGAGCCCUCGCCGCUCGAACUGGCUGCCUGCCACGGCCACGCACACGUCGUGAGGACCAUGCUCCGCCACGGCGCGGACGUGGACAGCAAGGACUGUCCGUACCAGCCGGCGCUGCACCGAGCUGCGGAUGGAGGCCACGUGGAUGUGCUCAAAGUGUUGAUAGAUCACGGAGCGGAUUUGGACGCUGUCGAUGCUGACGCAGAAACAGCCCUCCAUCACGCAGCAACAUUUGACCAAUCCGGCGCGGUCGACGUUCUCAUCCGGGCUGGCGCCGACAUCGAAGCGGUGGGGGAAGAGUUGUAUACGCCUCUCCACCUGGCGUGUCGGUUCCGGAAACGCGAGGCCACACGGGCGCUUUUGGCCCACGGGGCAAACGUCCAGACUGCGGACGAGAACGGAUGCACGCCUCUUCACUCGGCCUCGUCCAACGCAGAUGCUCAAGUAGUGGAGCUUCUGCUAAGGUUCGGGGCAGACGCGGCGGCUACGUCCGCGGCUGGAUCUACAGCUGCCGAGGUUAUCGGGCACAACUGUGACGGAGAGGAGCUUCAAGCCGAGAACAUCGAGCAACUGGAAAGUCUCCUGAUCUUCGCUGGACUAGAUGACAUCAACAAUGACUGACCGACAACGAAGUACUGAUUGCGGCUCGGCCUCGAAAUACUGCCGGGCCGCUUCGGUGUAUAUGUUCUCACGGUAGAUAGAAAUAAUACCCUCGUGAGGAGAGAGAAGUGAGAAGAGGGACGCCCUGAUGCCUCCUUGAGGCGAUCGUUCCCAAGCAUCUUGUCCUCGAGAGCAAACGACAAGAUCACCUGUGCCAUGUACAACGUGCUUCCAAUAGAUGGCUACAGCUAACCUGCUGUAAUAACAGCAAAGUUGACUUUUUUGUUUUGUCUUUGUUGAGUCUUUCGUUUGAGCGAAUGGUGGCAUUCCUCACUGUUGGCAAGGAUCUGAUCGUGUGGACAACGCGAUGAGAGCGAAAUGUUGUCGAAAAUGGUAUCGUGCGUGGACUUAUGCUUUCUGGUGAGUGUGGCCAACGUUUUGCAUGGAUAUCGAAUGGCUCCGCAGAAUGAGAUAACGGGCAUGUGACGCGUGGAUAUCCUCUCAAGGCAACCUUUCGCAAACAUGUCCUCGAGAGCUAACGACAAGAUUUCCUAUGUCGUGUACAAGGUGUUUCUAAUAGAUGGCUACGCUAACCCGGUGCAACAAUAGCAAAGCUGACUUUUUAAGUGUAGAUUAGUUGUUGAGUCUUUCGUUUGAGAGAAUGGUGGCAUUCCUCACUGUUGGCAAGGAUCUGAUCGUGUGGAAUGUGCGAUGAGAGCGAAAUAUUGGCGAAACGUACCUAGAUGCGUUGACCUUAGACUAUGCUUCUGGUGAGUUUGGCCCAAGUUUUGUGUGGAUAACGAAUGGCUCGGCAGGAUGAGAUAGCGAGCAUGUGACGCGUGGAUAUCCUCUCAAAGCAACCUUUCGCAAGCAUGUUGUCCUCGAGAGCAAACGACAAGAUUACCUAUGCCGUGUACAACGUAUUCACAAGAGGUGGCUACUGCUAACCUUGUGCAAUAAUAGCAAAGUUGAUUUUUUAGAAUAGUGUUGUGUCUUUUGUUUGAGAGAAGGCGUCCCUUGCUGUUGGUAAGUAUUUGAUUGCGUGGAAAUGCGAUAGAGCGAAAUGUUGUCAAACACGCUAUUU